AUGUCCAGUGCAACCAUGAACAGGCCGGAUCAACCCGUCCUCCGCUUCUCAAUGCACUCACGGGUCAAUCAGCUCCUCCACGACACGACCGACGAGCUCCACAGAGAACGAUUCCAGAUAUUCAAACAGCUCGACCUCAUAAAACGGGUGAUCGGUUCCAUUUCGAUUGAAAUCACCGUACCUCGUGACACUGGCGAAGUCAGCCCGUCCUCAGCCACGACUACUGGUGACGCCACCGGAGCAAGGGAUGACCGAGGUCACAGCAGCGAGUUUGUCUCGCCCUGCGAGGAAGAUAGAGUAGAUGAUGCCCGCUUCAUCACUUUCCUCCGCCUCUACAAGACCCUCAGCGAUGCCGCCAGCCUCAACGCCGCACAAAUCCACUCCAUCCGCCGCCAGGAGUCCUCCUUGCUCGAGACGCUGACCGCCUUCGGCACCAAUCCCAUGCUACAAGCACGCACGCUACGCAUCAUGGUGACGGCGCCGCGCAUAUUCAACCAUCGAGCCAGCAGCUGGUUUGGCCGCAACGACGAUCCGUGGCUCAGGGCAUGCGUUGCGUUCUACGGCCACGGCAAGGGUGUGGCUGAAAUGUCCCACAAAACCACUACUGCUGCUUCUGGCCGCAACGACUACGACUACGAUGACGAUGACGACGACGACGACAACGAAAAGGUCACCUUCGCGGCCGCGGUGGCACAGGACUUCCCCGUGACACUAACCACCCUUGGCAUCGCCCCAGGCCUGCCCUCUUACACGCACGCCUGGUGCCCCGUCGAAAAGACCUACCUUCCCCUCACCGAGCUCUCAGCCGCACCUAUCAUCGAGCGCCGCAAGCGCGACAGGACGUUCGUGGCUGCAGACGUCCGGAACGUCAUCCCGAUGAGCAAGCGCGUGGCGGCGGCGUGGGCGGAAGGGAGGUUUUUCCUGAUGCCUUUGAGACUUGGGGGGGAUAGUAAUCGCAACAAUAGGGGAGGAGGAGGCGGCUGCUCGGCGUGGUCUUACCAAGUCGUCCUCACGUCCGUGGAGCGCAGCCGAGGGAGGGAGGCUUGGAUGGAGAGGCUGGACGGCAUGGUGCUGAAGUGGAAGAACGGGUGCAGGCCGAGGCAGGAGCUGAUGCACCUUCGGUUUGUCCAGGACUUGUUACGGUUGAGGAAGGCCCUGAGGGUGCAGGGGGUGGAAUAUACGGAGGCGUUUUUGCUGGCAGAGGACUGGAAGAGGAGAAUGGCAGGAUGGGUUGGGAGGGAGUGGAGGUUGCCAAGGGACGAGGUGUGGGGUAGGUGCUUCUUUGAGGGGGAUUCGGGGAUGGCCCAUGCAUUUUCAACGGUUAUGGGUGGGGAAAUAGUGGUGGGGGGACAGAGUUGGGAUGAUGAAGUAGUGAAGGAUGUGGAAGAGUGUGGGUUUGGGGAGGUGAUUGAGGAUUAA